GAAAAAUGUACAACGUAAAGCUACAUGCAGCGGUCGCAUGAACAGCCUUACUAAACUGGAAACAUAUUAAAAAGCAUCUGCGGAAUCACACAACAAAUAAGCAGUCGCCGAUGACAAGGGAAGCAUUGAUACCCCUGAAAGCGUGAUUUGACAGAGGAGUGCUCUCGCUAUGGAAGAGAUGUCGGGUGAAAGUGUGGUGAGCACGGCAGUGCCGGCAGCUACAACACGAACCACAUCAUUUAAGGGGUCAAGCCCAAGCUCGAAGUAUGUCAAGCUAAAUGUUGGUGGUGCUCUUUAUUACACCACCAUGCAGACCUUAACCAAACAAGAUACAAUGUUAAAAGCAAUGUUCAGUGGAAGAAUGGAGGUGCUCACAGAUAGUGAAGGCUGGAUCCUCAUAGAUCGCUGUGGGAAACACUUUGGAACAAUUCUCAAUUACCUAAGAGAUGGCGCAGUGCCCCUACCAGAAAGCCGUCGAGAGAUAGAGGAGUUGCUUGCGGAAGCCAAAUACUACCUUGUCCAAGGCCUGGCAGAUGAAUGUCAAGCAGCGCUACAGAAUAAAGAUGCAUAUGAGCCUUGCUGCAAAGUUCCUGUUAUUACAUCCUCCAAGGAAGAACAAAGGCUGAUUGCCACUUCAAACAAGCCUGCUGUAAAACUGCUAUACAACAGAAGCAACAAUAAAUAUUCUUACACUAGCAACUCAGAUGACAAUAUGCUGAAGAACAUUGAACUAUUUGACAAGCUUUCCCUACGAUUCAAUGGUAGAGUACUUUUCAUCAAAGAUGUCUUAGGAGAUGAAAUCUGCUGUUGGUCCUUUUAUGGACAAGGUCGCAAAAUUGCAGAAGUCUGCUGUACAUCCAUUGUUUAUGCCACAGAAAAGAAGCAGACCAAGGUUGAGUUCCCAGAAGCACGCAUAUAUGAGGAGACCCUGAAUAUCCUGCUGUAUGAAGCUCAGGAUGGGCGAGGACCUGACAAUGCCUUACUGGAGGCCACGGGGGGUGCUGCUGGACGGUCACAUCAUCUGGAUGAAGAUGAAGAGAGAGAACGCAUUGAACGCGUGAGGAGAAUUCAUGUGAAACGGCCUGAUGACAGAACACACCACCACCAGUGAGGCCACAGUGGACAUUGCAUCUACCACUGUGAUUCACUUUAGCUCCUAAUAUUUAUCAUUUUGGUGGGGAAAGGGGAAAUGAAGACUGCACAUCUUGCAGAUUUGGGAAGGUAGAAAGCUAUCAACUUUGUUUCUGUAGUUACUUCUGUUACAGAAAUGUACUUUUGAGUGCUCUUAAAAGUAUUCAAGACUUUCAAGUAGCAUUCGUCAUCUGUACUUUUGCAGCAAGUUUAGGGAGCAGUUUGAGGAGAGAGGUUGAAGGUAGUAUAUUUUUAUGCUAAAUGUUGUGCCUUUGGAAAGUCUUGUAUUUAGUAAUCUAAAUCAGAGUGAAGAGUCUAUUUUAUAUUUCUAUAAAUACCCUAAAGGCGUAAAGUGCAAGGAGAAAGCAUUUGCUGUUUAAAGGGAGAAAUUGUAAUGUGUUGGAUUUUGAAAUAAGCCUUAAAUAUUUUGCAUUUGAGAAACAAGUGAUUGUUUUGUCUUUGAGUACUUUAUAUUACUAAUUUUGUUUUAUAUGGAUUCAUUUCAAGUGUGCUGAGAUGCCUGUCCACUUUUUAUGUAGCAAUGAAGUAAUGUAUGAAAAGGGGGUUAGGCAUUGGCAGACUGCAGUUUGGACCCAAGAAUGUGCUUAUGUAGUUGAGCAUGUGUUGUAUACAAAAGGUUUUUGUCUGAGUUUGUAAAUCCAGCACUAGUUGUAUCAUCCGUCUUUCACCUCCCCCAGUGUCAACACUGGUGGAGAAUGCUAUUUCAUUCUUUAAAAGAUGGAAUGUUUUGUGUGUGUACCCUGCACAAAGAUUGUGGGGAAGUGGUAACUGUUGUAUUGUAUGUUAGUUUUCAGUCCCUCACCCAAUAAUAUUUUUCCCCUAUUUAUUGGCAGCUUUUGUGUGAUGCCUUAGUGUUUUCUGUAUGGGCCUCUUCUCUUUAGAUUAAAAAAAUAAAAAAUACAUAAAUCUAGUUAAAUGAUGGUCAACAAAGUGAGUCUUUGCCCAGUCCCUAUUAUUUCAAGAAGAUCAGUGUCUCAGCUUUUAGAAUACUACGUAGACAGACAAAGCAAAAUGUAUGUUUAAAGAGUUAGAUUCGGGAACCUGUUCUGCUGUCACACAUUGCUAUUCUGUGACCAGUAUUCAUUUUUAUACUGUUAUUUAUACACAUAAUAUAGUCUCAAAUUUCAGAUUAGGGGUUGAUUUAGAGAAGUUCCUUUGAUGGUAGUCUAUUAUCAACAGCCCCAGUCCCAUGCUUUUAUAUUUAUUUAAACAAGGUGUACAGAACAAUGUUCCUGUUUUUUGCCAGUUUUAACACUUCAGUAAUAAAAUAAAUCUAACUUUAUAGUAAUCGUGUACUGUAUAGCCUGAAGUAUUUAGUUUAUCAACAAGUAAUGCACUUGCAAGGCAGCUGAUUUCUCUUAGUUUUAAUGUUUUGUCCCUUUUAGCCUUCUGCGGUCUUCUACAGAACAAAUUUAGCAUAUUGACAGUGUUGCAAACCUGGAGUGCAAAUCCCUGGAAGCAUCCAUUUAUAGUCAUGUCUAUUGCUCACAUUGUUUCCUUGAAUUUUGAGUCUGAUUAUGAAAUUUGAUUUCAUCAAUUGUAUAUUUUUUUUAAUCUAAAUGAUUAUAAAUUGGGACCAGCAAUAUUUCUGUUAAAUUGAAACACAUUGAAAUAUUGUUAGUUUUCAUUCCAGUUCAAUGCAAAUUAAAACAAAUAACUCUUCUGAUUUGACAUUUCAUUGUAAGCUGUAAUAUACUAAGCCUGUGGAAUGAAUGAUAAAUUCCUUAGGAAGUUUGCUUCUGUUGAAUGAGAUGAAUAUAUCUGUAGUAAUGUGGAGUAUUUUUUUGUUUUUAAAUUGCAGCUUAGCGCCUUACAUCAUUAACAUGGAAAUUAAGUAAAUUACUAAAAAGAUAUUUAAGACAAAGCUAUUUUCACUGUCGACAUAGCCUGAGUACAACUAUUAAAAUCCUGAGUAUGGAAAGAGUUAUCUUGUUGGGAAAAGUGAACACAAAUGCAGAAGAUGUGGAAGGUGAAUAUUCACAUAAUUAUUGUUGUAAAUUAAUUAAUUUAAACUGACACCAGGAUUGUAUCUUUUAAGCAAAUAAUUUAUCAAAUUUAGUACAUUGGCCUUCAUUAUCUGUAUAAAUUGACACUUUUUCAUAAUCAUGCUUUGGUUCAUGUCAGACAGGUUGCAAGCAAUCUUUUAGUAGCAUUUUAAAAUAAAGUUUAUUAUUCAGUGGCUGUAGCAACACUAGUCAGAUAACAGCAUGGCUGACAAGGAAAAGGGGUUCUCUCUGUUGGUCUGGAGUAAGUAGGUUCAAGGAUUGGAGAGCACUAGAGACAUGUCUGCAGCCUGCAGGAAAAAGAACAGUUCAAGGAUAUCUAGCAAGGAUAACUUGAGUAUGUGGCAGUGUCUCCAUAUUUAAUGGUGUAACAAAAAACAAACAAAAGUAAUGUAUGUUGUGCUGCAAUAACACUGUAUUAACAAACAUUAGUAUCAAAUACUGUAUUUCAUUCCAGCUUAUCCAAAUGGAACAUGUUUGUAUUUUAUUAUGUACAAGUCUGUAUUUUUUACAAUCAUAAAAAUGUCACUUUAUAUAGCUAUGCACAAAGAAAAUCUUAACUAUAUUUAUAAUUGUGUCUAUUUCAUGUAUCUUUGAUCAUAUAGUAUGACAUUAAACUCAAUUUUGUUUAAUAUU